AUGCCUCCCAAAAAGAAAUAUGUUCCUCCCAUUAAACCGAACGCUGACGGAACGGGUUUCUGUAAGACGGGUGGCAACAUCCAACGACGUGGCAUGCCUGCACAGCCGCAGUCACGAGGGAGGGAGGCCGCUCUACCGUCAACGCCAUCUUCGAGAUUUCGCAAAACAUCAUCAGAGAAAAGUGCACAUGGCGGCGCUGGUUCAAGGAGUGUAGACGAUACCUUUACAGAAAGGCGUGAGUCCAAAAACCGACAAAAUUGUAGCAUGCCAUUAGACUCGGGUCCAGGUGUCGAUCCCUCACUUGGUUCAAACAAUAUGAAGGGUUCAUCCAACUCCGCUGAUAAUAAUAUUCAAUCUAAGGGCUGCGGUCAACAUGAUGGUAAAAGGAGAGGCUUCGUGGCUCCUGCAACUGAGGUGAGCCUUGAGCGUCACAGCGUGCCGAAUAAUUUGCAUUCCUUGAAAGAAGACGCUGAGGUGGUAAGCAGCGUUGUAUUGAAGAUUCAGUACGACGCAGCGCUGCUGGUAACGGAGUGCCGCCUGCAUCCAGCCUCUUUCGCAAUCUUGGGGCUUACUAGCGGAAGUGUCAUCAAGAUGAGUGUGGACGGCAUGUCGUCCCCAAUAGCGUAUAUGCAAGCCUUUCUUAGUACGUCCGUAUCUCGCGGUCGUGCGUUGGUGUCGGAGGAUUUAUCCCUGUCCACCUGUCUACCUUUAAACGCAUCGGUUUCAAUCACUAGCGCUUACGAAAAAACUUGUCUUUCCGCUUAUGUGUCGUGGCCAUCCAUCACGAAUCUUCUUAUAAAAUUACGUGUGAGCGAGCAGAAUAAUGACAUUGGCAGCAGACAGUCGUUUUCUUCUGUAUCACUUUCGACACAGUGGCGCUCCCUUUUCCGGAGGAACUUUCAGAAUCGUUUUGUUUUCAAAGGCAUGUGCGCGUCGCUACGGCAUUUUUUCCAUACUGUUCAUGUGGAAGUAUGCGAGGUCCUUGUGGCGAUGAAUGAGGAGGCCGAGGCGAGCGAGCAGGUCCCCUUUGGGGUUUUGACUAACGCCACACGAAUUGAAAUAAUGGGCUUAUUGGAGGAUCCGCCAGAUGAUGUAGGUGCCCCCGAGGCGAGCGCAACGGCGGCAGACUCUCAUUCUGCUCCCUGCACACUCCCUCAUUUUUCCGCCGAUUCGCACGUGCUAGUCGUGGGGGAAUCUGGCACUGGGAAAACGUACACAAUCGAGGAGCUCGCUGCGGCCGAUCGCGACUCCCACCGGCGCCACGUCUUUUUCAUUUCUCCCGAGGAGCUAGCACAGGGUUUGGAUAGUGAGAUCCGCACUGCAACCGCCCUACGCGAGGAAUUUCAAAUGGCCAGGCUUUCCUCACCUGCGACGAUUGUCAUAGACGAUUUGGAUACGUUGUGCGGGGGCGGCUCGCAGGGUUCAUCCUCGUCUACGCUUCAGUCUUCUGUGGUAGGCUCGGAGUGGGCUAUGAAACUCUUCACGCGCGUUCUCUGCGAGGAACUUCGACAAUUGCAUGACUUGAGCGGUGGGGGAAGCCCACCAGUGCGCGUUCUAGCCUCCGUGAGGUCGCUCACGGGACUAAGUCCUUCCCUCUUAACACGGACGCGAUUCGCGCCGGAGAGCAUCAUCACCUUGCAUCCGCCAGCUGAUGCGGGAGAGAGGUACGACGUUCUGCUAAGCUGCGUUAGACGUCGACUUUCGAAAAGGUGGGGGGAAGCGGAGGCCACCGCGUUUGAGGCUGCUUUCCGCGAGGUUGCCAAAAAUGCGCACGGCUUCAAUCAGCGGGACCUUUCCCGUGUGAUUGAUUUCGCGAUGAUGGAAAGUUUCAAGCGGCGGGGCACCACCCUUUUUGAGGUCGAGGACCUCUAUAAGGCUGCGAAGACCGUGCGCCCCUCUGCACUCGGCGGGUUUGAGCUUUCCAUCCCAGAAGUGACGUGGGACGAUAUCGGUGGUAGCGAGGAGGCGAAGAAAACGUUACGGGAUGUUGUGGAAUGGUGCCUCGGGAAGCAGAGUUGGAUAUUUAGCCAGUUUAACCUCACACCACCGAAAGGCGUUCUUCUCUACGGGCCGCCAGGGUGCAGUAAGACGAUGCUGGCCAAGGCGCUCGCGAAUGAGAGCCGUAUGAACUUCAUCUCCGUAAAGGGGCCGGAAGUGUUUUCAAAGUGGGUUGGAGACAGUGAAAAGGCGGUGCGGGAUAUUUUCACCCGCGCACGGGCGGCGGCGCCGUGUGUGGUGUUCAUCGAUGAGCUUGAUGGCAUGUGCGGGCACCGAGGCCAAGGCGGCGUCUCCGACCGCGUCAUUUCGCAGUUCUUAACCGAGCUCGAUGGGCUUCCGUCAUCUUUCAAUGAAAAGAAGCACGCGCUGGUGUUUGUAGCGGCCACAAACCGCCCGGACAGCAUCGACACUGCUGUUCUUCGCCCGGGGCGCAUUGACCGCCGCGUGCACGUCGGCCUCCCGAGCUACGCCGAGCGUGAGGCGAUUGUUCGCAUUCAGUUUAAACCUCUCCCUGUCGCCCCCGAUCUCGAUCUAGCGUAUAUUGCUCAGCGAACCGAGGGAUACACUGGUGCCGAAAUUGUUGCGGUUGUGAAUGAAGCUGCCUUUACAGCCAUCUCGAACGAUUUGAACGCCGCAUACGUGUCCACGGAUGACGUUGAUGCUGCGCUUAGAAAAGUGAAGCCACGUGUUGAUCCCAAGGAUGCCGAAUGGUACAAAAACUGGCCACAUAGCUAUUGA